AUGUUUUGUUACUCUCUCAUUUGGAGCUGCUCGCAACAUUUUCCACUCUCUGUUUCUUUGGCACAGCGUUUGCAUUAUCCACGGCAGCAUACUUUCCCAUGUUUUUUUUGGUUUUUUUUCAAGCUACUUGUGACGUGUUCGUGGAGUUCCUGCCCUUGUUUCAUGCAGCUCAGUUUAGAGAGAGGCUGAAGGGGCUUUGGAGAGGCAGACAUAUAUUUGAGCCCUUAAAGGGGAAGGCGAAUCCAAGAUUUUUAAACAAGAGGAGUGGUUUUUGUAUCCUCCCAUGCAGGGGAUUGCCAAGCAGGACGUGGAGAAAGGCUGAGAGAAGGUGAAAAAGGAGAGAGAAGCUGUCUUGCUCUGUGGCCCUCGGGCAACGUUGAAUGAAAGGUUGCCGUUAAGGGGUCUGCCUGACACGAGAGGAGGAGCUGCAGCCCAGGGGGGGAACCUACACUUCAUCCUUCUUCAAGCAACUACAGCACAGUAUGAGGUACCAAGGCAGGGAGGUGGACAUUGAAGGAAGGGUGCGUUUGGUGAUGGAGAGCACCCUUACGGCCCGUGACAGGGUUGGUGUGCAGGACUUUCUCUUGCUGGAGAACCACAACAGUGAGGCAGCCUUUAUAGAGAACCUGCGGCGGCGCUUCGGAGAAAACCUCAUUUAUACAUACAUCGGAUCAGUGUUGGUGUCAGUCAACCCUUACAAAGAGCUGGAGAUUUACUCCAAGCCACAGAUGGAACGCUACAGAGGAGUCAGCUUCUAUGAAAUAUCACCUCACAUCUAUGCGGUUGCAGACAACACCUACCGGGCCAUGAAGACCACAUGGAGGGAUCAAUGUAUUCUUAUAUCAGGGGAGAGUGGCUCAGGAAAAACAGAAGCUUCCAAGAAGAUCCUCCUCUACUAUGCUGUUACCUGUCCCACUCAUGAUCACAUGACCACCCUUGGAGACCGCCUACUUCAGUCCAACCCUGUUCUGGAGGCAUUCGGCAAUGCAAAAACACUAAGGAAUGACAACUCCAGUCGGUUUGGAAAAUAUAUGGAUGUUCAGUUUGACUUCGAGGGAGCACCAGUUGGUGGCCACAUCCUUAAUUACCUGCUGGAGAAAUCUCGGGUAGUCCACCAAAAUCACGGAGAAAGAAACUUCCACAUCUUCUACCAGCUUCUAGAUGGUGGGAGCAGUGACCUGCUUCAGACGCUUGAUCUUGAACGAAACCCUCAGAACUACCAAUAUCUGGUUAAGGGAAGCUGUUCCAGAGUCAGCUCCGUGAGUGACAAGAAUAAUUGGAAAGUCGUGAUGAAUGCCCUGCCUGUUAUUGGCUUCACUGAGGAAGACAUACAGAAUGUGUUGAACAUCAUUGCCAGCAUUCUCCAUCUGGGAAACACUCAGUUUGGAGAAGGAGAGGAAGGCGAGGCGCACAUUACCACUGAGACGCCAUUAGCGAAUGUUGCAAAGCUGCUGGGUGUUGAUGCCUCAGCUUUGAGCAAUGCUCUUACUCACAAGAAGCUCAUCACCAAGGAGGAGGAGGUGAUCAUCCCACUGAAUUUUGAGCAGGCAAUGUCAGCCCGAGACGCCUUAGCCAAAGCCGUCUAUGGUCGUACUUUCACUUGGUUGGUGGAGAAGAUUAACCAAUCACUAGCUCUGAAGGAUGACAUGUACCACAGCAAUAAAGCCUUCCCAGUCAUAGGGCUUCUAGACAUCUAUGGCUUUGAGGUCCUAGAGCACAACAGUUUCGAGCAGUUCUGCAUCAACUAUUGCAGUGAGAAGCUCCAGCAGCUCUUUAUCGAGCUCACUCUCAGAUCUGAGCAAGAGGAAUACACAACAGAGGGGAUAGCAUGGGAGAUGGUGCCAUACUUUGACAACAAGAUCAUUUGUGACCUGAUAGAAGAGAAGCACAAGGGUAUCAUCUCCAUUUUGAACGAAGAGUGCCUGAGACCCGGAGAGACGAGUGAUGCCUCAUUUUUAGAGAAAUUGGAGGACACACUUGGCAACCAUCCCCAUUUUGUCACUCAUAAGCUGGCAAAUGGGAAAACUCGGAAGGUAAUGAGUAGAGUGGAGUUCAGGCUGCUGCACUAUGCUGGGGAAGUCAACUACAAUGUCAACGGUUUCCUCGACAAGAACAAUGACUCUAUGAACAGGAACCUAAAAGAGUUGGCGUGUGUUCAGGUCAUGUGCCAGUCAGACAACCAGAUCAUAAGUCACUGCUUCUCCAGAGAGGAAGUGACGGACCAGAAACGCCCACAGAUGGCUGCCACUCACUUUAAAAACAGCCUGUUGAAACUCAUGGAGAUCCUCAUGACCAAAGAGCCAUCAUAUGUGCGCUGUAUUAAACCUAAUGAUGCCAAGCAGCCAGGGCACUUUGAUGAAGUUCUUGUCAGACAUCAGGUGAGGUACCUAGGCCUGAUGGAAAACCUUAGGGUUAGAAGAGCUGGCUUUGCCUACAGACGCAGCUUUGAAGCCUUCCUGCAAAGGUACAAGCCUCUGUGUCCUGAGACGUGGCCCAACUGGGAUGGUAGGCUUGAAGAUGGUGUGGCCACACUGGUAAACUACCUGGGCUACCAACCAGAGGAGUACAAACUUGGCAGGUCCAAAAUAUUCAUCCAUUUGCCCAAAACUGUUUUUCUAACUGAAGAUGCACUUCAAGCCAAAAAACCAGAGAUAGCUUUGACCCUGCAGACAUCGUGGAGAGGCUACAGAGAGAGAGCCAAAUACAAACGCAUCAGACAUGCAAUCAUAGUGAUUCAGUCUGCGUGGCGAGGGAUGAAAGGACGCCGGAGGGCAAGGAGGCGCCGACAGGCUGCUGAGUUGAUACGCAGGUUCAUAAAAGGCUUCAUCUAUCGUCAUGAGGACUACUGCCCGGAAAAUGAAUACUUCCUGGAUCAUGUGCGCUACUCCUUCCUCAUUAAGCUUAGCAAAAACCUACCCACAAGUGUUUUGGACAAAAGCUGGCUGGCAUCUCCUCCCUCUGUGACUGAGGCCUCAGAGCAGCUCUGGAAACUGCACAUGCGAAACAUGGUCAUGAAGUAUUGCAACAGGAUCCAGCCCGAAUGGAAAAAUCAAAUGACGCAAAAGGUGGUUGCCAGCGAGAUCUUCAAGGAUCAGAAAGACAACUAUCCUCAGAGCGUCGGCUGGCUGUUUUUGGACACCAGGAUUGAACGUGAUCAGAUCAAUCUCAAAGUUCUCCAGACACUCGGCAGUGACAAAGUGCAGUAUGGCGUCCCAGUCACAAAGUACGACAGAAGAGGUUUCAAGCCUCGACCUCGGCAGCUGCUGCUCUCUAGCACCUUUGCUGUGCUGGUUGACAAGACCAAGAUUAAGCAGAAGAUCGACUACGCUUCUCUCGGAGGUAUAUCUGUGAGCUCUCUCAGCGAUGGAAUGGUCGUUCUGCACAUGCCCACUGAUGACAACAAGCAAAAGGGUGAUGUGCUGCUGCACUGCAACCAUGUGAUAGAGCUAGUGACAAAACUAGCCCUUAUAGCCCGCAUGUUAAACUAUAUCAACAUCAAGCCUGGCAGUAUUAGGUAUGCAGGGGCUCGAGGCACCGAGGGAAUUGUAGAUUUCGUCAGGGGCUCAGAGCUGAAGGUGGCCAAAGGCAAAAGAGGACAUCUGUUAGUGACUGCUCCUCGGAUCAACACCACAUGAAGAAGCACAAUUCAACCAAAUGUUAACUAACACUUUUCGCUUACUGAAGGGUUAAGCUUUACUGUCACCACAAAUGCAGCAUGUGUAUUGUAAAACCCUCAUACACUCAUACCAUAUUUCCUCAUAUAGUGACCAGGGGUUUACCGAGCGUCUAUUUGAGAUACGGCAAUUUAAAAAGGGGAGACCAAUAUAUAGUUUUUUGUUAAUAUUGAAAUGUUUUUUACAAAUUCAAUAACUUCAAACAUCAAGGAUUCGAAUAAUCUCAACAAUUCCGACAGCGCUCUUCCUAAUGUCACAAGAUAGAGCCGCCAGUGCUAAUAGAAGGGGGACCCUAGAAGAAUAACACAUGCUCCCAUUUCAGAGUUUUCCUAAAGUCUCCACUAUAUUUUUUGCUAAAAACUAAUGAUUCUUCCCAGUGAAGCCUCCCACUCUCUGGUAUGAGCGUUAUAAUGGGUUUAUGAGCAAGGACGAACACGCAGCGCCAAAUAUUUUUGCCACAACCAAUCAUGUAAAAGUAACUCACUAGCUUUCUUCAGAUCACCCUUCUGCAAGGAAAAAUGCACUUAUUUUGCCCGUCAUCCAUAAUCCUUAUGUGAGACAAGAACACACAUAUUUCCUUUUUCUGUGAGUUCUAAGUCGUUAAAAACUGCUAAUACAAUGCGUCUAAGAAUAUGGAUAAUUGGAAUUAAUCGUUUCCAAAAGGCCAACAACGCUCCAUUUACAUGCUGUGAUCUGCAUAUUAACCAAGCUGCCGCGACAUUAUUGUAAGAGAUAACACAGAGGAACUACUUUUGUAGUGUAGCAACAAAUCUCAUUGCUCACACUGCUCCUCUGACCACGAGCAAGUAGCCAGCUACUACCUAAUACUUAGCUUGAGCUGCUAAGAGCGUUAGUUGCGACCCGCGACCUGCUGCUCGACUGCUUUUGAGUUAGUAAAAUAUAAUGCAUGAUUAUAAAUCAUGCAUCUCACCUGUAUAGUAGAAAAAGGUUGUGGCACCAAGCUGGGAAGUUGGUCAACUUUGAAAAUCCACACGCUACUAACUUGAUACUAUAUGGCCCUAAACUUAGCCCUCAACAAACGGAACACAGCAUAAGACCAACGCAACAUUACUAGGAAGCAAUUUUUAUCCGAGGGGUGUGGAUUAUUCUGAAUUAAGUAUCUCAAGUUUAACAAAUAGUGCUGAAAAAUACAACCAUCCCAUUAGUCGGCAUCCCAGUGAGAGCGAACAUUGUAAGUCACUGUUUUAUGUUCUUAUUUGAAACAUUUAGCAAUAGUGUUACAAGGGCUGCAUGAUUUAGGCCAAAAAUAAAAUCACAUCUUUUUUCUCUGAAAACUCAAUUUUCUAUAACGAUUUAAAUGUUUUGGUAAAAACUACAAAGGACAACAGAAGUUGUUGCUGAAAUCAUCGUCUUAUUUAAAAUGAAACUGGCUAAUACAAUGGUAUACAUACUGUAUAUCUAAAGACAAAUAUUUGUGUCUUUAUUAGUUUUUAAUAUUAACAUUUUAGCUUUUCCACAUGAAACUAUGCCUUUUUGCUGGGGUUUCAAUUUUAUUUCUACAAUGUGCUGCCGGUCCAUAAAAACACUUUUUCCCACAAAUGGUCCAAGAGCCACAUAAUUGGUUUAAUUAUUUCACCAAGAGGGCAAAGUGUUGCCAAAUAACAGAAUGGUGUCUCCAAGCUGCGUGUUCAAGUUCUUGGCACUCAUGGAAGUGAUUUGUUUCUGCAGGUUUUCUGUGUGGUGGUACUUGUAGAGUAACUACAUUACCCAGAAGUCUUUGCGGUAGAGUGUAACCGGAAGUGUGGACAAAAGUACAAGUACAGAUACGAGCAAGGAGCAAGUACGAAUAUCCUGGAGAUCUGAAAAUAAGUUCCUAUUUUACUUAAAGCUGUUGCCUUUGCGUUAUUGACUGAAAAAAGCAAAAACCUUAACUUUCUGCAUGCCUCGCAACGUAUUUGUAUGCACACUCUCUAGGCUUGUGGAGGUGGAUCUCCGCUGAUGCGGCAAAUACUUCACCUUUGAUGACCUCUUUCAUUUGAUUACCAAAUAAAUGCACGACGCAAGACACACUUCUCUCUUUUACUUUAUUUCAUCUAUCCAUCUAUUUUGUAUCGCAUGUUGUAAAUGUUACAUUUGCAAAAUUGACGCCACAGAUUCUUCUGCUGCAUCUUCUCCCUGGCAAGGCAGGUGUGUAUGAGGUGUGUUUUGAGGCGGAUUUACAAUACAUUCGUCACACUUCCAUAAAUAGUUUAUGAGUGAGGGUGAAUUUGGAAGCACCAGUGAGUUUAUUUGUGCCCACAAAUAAAUUAAACACUGACGUGUGUGUGUGUGUGUGUGUGUGUGUGUGUGUGUGUGUGUGUGUGUGUGUGUGUGUGUGUGUGUGUGUGUGUGUGUGUGUGUGUGUGUGUGUGUGUGUGUGUGUG